AAUCCAACAAAAAAUCAAAACGACAAUGACAUCGACCGUUUCAUUUAGAAAUUAGCGCAGCACAGACACUUUCUUCUUCUUCUUCUUCUUCUUCCUCAUCACUCGUCAGAGCUGUGUGAGUCAAACAAACCACUGAAACGCAAAAAUGCUUCAACCCCGUUCCCUCCGCCCUUACAUUUCCAUCUCCUCAAACCCUAACCCUAACCCUAACCCUAGAGACACAUUUUCUCGUUUCAACUCCAACAAUGAAUUCCCUUCAUCAUCUUCAACCUCAUCAUCCUCCUCCUCCUCCAGAUCUCUCAAAAACCCUACAACAUUCUCCCACAAUACCCUAAUCGCAAUUUCCCUUAUCCCCGCCAUACUCUUCAUCCUCGACCUCUCUUCCACCACCGUCACAACCACCUUAAUCAUCGGCCUCAUGAUCUCCUACAUCCUCGACCUUCUCAAUUUCAAACAACCUGCCUUCAUCUCUCUUCACUUAACCCUAAUCCUUUCUCAAUUCACUUUCUUUCUCACCUCCUCCUUUUCUUUAUACACCACCUUCAAUUCAAAUCUUACCUUAACAAUUCUCUCUUCUUUCCUCACCGCACACACUACCUUCCUUAUAAGUAUCUGGUCUUCUCUUCAAUUCAAAUUCCUCCUCCUCGAAAACCCCGCUAUCGUUGUCGUACUCGAACGUCUCCUCUUUUCCUGCCUCCCAAUCACAGCUUCCUCCCUUUUUACAUACGCCGCUGUUGCUGCUGUUGGAAUUCAAAAUUCUGCUUAUUAUUUUAUGUUUUUUAAUUGUUGUUUCUAUUGGUUGUAUUCCAUUCCGAGGAUUUCUUCGUUUAAGAUGAAUAAUAAUGCUAGGUUUCAUGGUGGUGAAGCUCCUAAAGAUAGUUAUAUACUUGGUCCAUUAGAGAGCUGUGUUCAUGCAUUGUAUUUGGUUUUUGCGCCUAUAUGUUUUCAUAUUGGAUCGCAUUACUCGGUUGUGUUUUCGUCGUACGCCAAUUUCUGUGAUUUGGUUUUGUUGUUUUUUGUGCCGUUUUUGUUUCUGUUAUAUGGUUCUACUAGAGGUGGUUUGUGGUGGGUUUCUGAGAAUGCUGCAAAUAUAAGGAGUAUAAGGGUUGUGAAUGGUUUUGUUGCGUUGGUUUUCGUUGUCAUUGCAUUGGAGGUGAGAGUUGUUUUUCAUUCGUUUGGGAGGUAUAUUCAAGUUCCAGCGCCGUUGAAUUAUGUUCUUGUUACUAUUACCAUGCUUGGUGGGGCGGGUGCUGCUGGUGCUUAUGCAAUGGGGAUGGUUUCGGAUGCGCUUAGUUCGGUUGCUUUUACUACUUCUGCUAUUGUGGUUAGUGCUGCUGGAGCUGUUGUUGUUGGAUAUCCUGUACUGUUCCUGCCUAUGCCUGCUGCUGCUGGCUUUUAUUUGGCUCGAUUUUUUGAAAAGAAGAGUUUGGCUUCAUACUUUGCUUUUGUUGUUCUUGGGAGCUUGAUGGUUACAUGGUUUGUGCUGCACAACUUCUGGGAUUUAAAUAUUUGGUUGGCAGGCAUGUCACUUAAAUCUUUUUGUAAGCUAAUUGUUGCAAAUGCGGUCCUGGCUAUGGCUAUUCCUGGUCUAACUCUUCUGCCUUCGAAGAUAAACUUUUUAUCUGAAAUCAGUUUGAUAAGCCAUGCACUGCUCUUAUGCUACAUUGAAAGCCGGUUUUUCAGUUACUCCAGCAUUUACUAUUAUGGAUUUGAGGAUGAGGUUAUGUAUCCUAGCUACAUGGUUGUGAUGACAACUUUGUUGGGUUUGGCUUUGGUGAGAAGGCUAUACGUGGAUCAUCGAAUUGGAGGAAAAGCGGUUUGGAUUUUGACUUGCCUCUUUACUUCAAAGCUUAGCAUGCUGUUUAUUGCAUCCAAGUCUGUUGUAUGGGUUUCAGCUAUUCUUUUGUUGGCUGUUUCCCCUCCAUUACUUCUUUACAGGGAUAAAUCAAAAACAACAGCUUCUAAGAUGAAACCAUGGCAGGGUUAUGCACAUGCUUGUGUAGUAGCCUUAUCUGUAUGGUUUUGCCGAGAAACCAUUUUUGAAGCCCUCCAGUGGUGGAACGGAAGGUCUCCUUCAGAUGGUUUAAUGCUGGGCUUCUGUAUACUGUUGAUUGGAGUGGCUUGUAUUCCAAUUGUUGCCAUUCAUUUCUCUCAUGUUUUGUCUGCCAAGAGAUGUCUGGUGUUGAUAGCGGCAACCGGUCUACUUUUAAUUUUGAUGCAGCCACCUCUUCCUUUGUCACUGAGUUACCAGUCGGACAUCAUCAAAACUGCCCGUCAUUCUGAUGAUGAUAUCUCAAUUUAUGGCUUUAUAGCUGGGAAGCCUACCUGGCCCUCUUGGCUGCUUAUUAUUGCUAUAUUGCUGACUCUAGCAUCCAUUACAUCAAUCAUACCCAUUAAAUACAUUGUUGAACUAAGGACUGUUUACUCCAUUGCUAUGGGUGUUGCCCUUGGUAUCUACAUUUCUGCUGAAUUCUUUGUCUGGGCAUUUGUUUUGGAUGUUCUCAUUGUUGUCACCAUGGUUUGUGCCUCUGUCUUUGUUGUCUUCACUCAUAUGCCCUCUGCUUCAAGCACAAAGCUUUUACCCUGGGUAUUUGCUUUACUUGUAGCUCUCUUUCCAGUCACUUAUCUUUUGGAGGGCCAACUAAGAAUUAAAAAUAUUCUUGAAGAUAGCGAGAUUGGAAAUUUGGGCGAGGAAGAAAAGAAGCUUACAACAUUGCUAGCAAUAGAGGGUGCCAGGACAUCUCUUCUUGGUUUGUAUGCAGCAAUCUUCAUGCUUAUAGCCUUGGAAAUAAAAUAUAAACUUACUUCAAUUAUGCGGGAAAAGGUCAUUGAUUCAAGUGGAAUUAGACAUAGUCAUUCAGGUCAAAGUGUAUCUUCUAGUUCCCUGCCAAGAGCGAGAUUCAUGCAACACCGUCGGGCAUCUACUGUUCCCUCCUUUACAAUUAAAAAGAUGGCUGCUGAUGGAGCUUGGAUGCCUUCUGUUGGCAACUUUGCCACAACAUUGUGCUUUGCUAUAUGCUUGAUUCUGAAUGUUUAUCUCACCGGUGGCUCAAACCGUUCUAUAUUUUUCCUGGCUCCUAUCCUUCUGCUGCUCAACCAGGAUUCAGAUUUUAUUGCUGGUUUUAGCGACAAACACAGAUAUUUGCCAGUGACUGUUGUUAUCUCAGUCUACUUUUUUGUAACUGCCUUGUAUAGCAUAUGGGAAGAUGUUUGGCAAGGUAACGGUGGAUGGGGUCUUCAAAUCGGUGGACCAGACUGGAUUUUUAUGGUGAAGAAUUUAGCACUCCUUGUUCUUACGUUUCCCAGUCAUAUAAUUUUCAACAGGUAUGUAUGGAGCCAUACAAAACAGAGUGACACACCACCAUGGAUAACAAUUCCCCUUAAUCUGCUUCCUAUAGCAUGUACAGAUGUUCUGAAGAUUAAGAUCUUGGGUAUCUUAGGAGUUAUAUAUUCACUGGCCCAGUAUCUAAUUACUAGGCAACAAUAUAUCUCUGGUCUCAAGUACAUCUAAAAUUACCAUGUACUCUGUACUAUAUGUUUUGUCAAUUUAGUUAUAUAGAUGCUUGGGCUGCUUGUGUUGAAAUUUGUAUGAGGAAUAUGACAAAAUGCAUUUUUGUUAUUGCCAAUAGUUAAUUUAACCUAUCUUGAAAAAUACGAAUAAUGGUUUGGUUGUUUGUGGCUGGAUGUAAUUUGAUGCAUGUCGUGAAGUGUCCGAAAUUUUAUGCACAACAUCAAGACAACGGAUAUCCAAUAGCUAGCAAAGUGCAACAUCCUGUGCUUUCAUGUUGCAUUCGAUAAGUUCAUAAAUAAACAAUAUAACUAUUUUUAGCUCUAUCUUUGCUAGUGCGGAAAAUGGAGGGACAUGUGUUUUGUACAUUUUAGGUGAGUUUAUCAUCCUAAAGAACAAAGAUCAAGAAAACGGGUGACAUUUGAUGUAA